UACGAGCUCCCGAGCGAAUCCUGCCCCAGCCUUUUUUCUCCAUCUCGCACGAGGAUCAAGAGACUGCCGUUCCUCCGUCCUGCAGAGACACUGAUUUUGGAAUCGCACUUCUGUCGUCACCUGCCUUUCGCACAGUGGAGCGCCGUUUUCGACCCCUGGACAUCGCCGGACGUGUGUUACCCGCUUUACUGGAAGCGUGCCUCUGAGGAGUCUUGAGCGUCCAGACGCCACUUGUGCGGAUCCCGGCAAACGGAAUGCGCCCGCGAACUGCGAGCUUCAUCAGCGUCCUGGUGCUGCUGCUGCCUGUCGUCCUGGGCAGGUCGCUGGUCGGCCAAGGGGCCCGGCAGCGCAACGCCGUCGGAUUGUUCGUGUCCAAGGCACAGAGAGGCUCGCGAGUAGGCCCUGGCAGCAACCUGUUGCGCAAGUCGCACCUGAAGCUUCGCAACACCCCGCCUGACGUGAUGACGGUCUCCGAGUCCGAGUCUCUGGUGAUAGAAUGCGAAGCCGGUGGAAACCCCCCGCCCACCAUCCACUGGCUCAAAAACGGACUCCGCAUUGGACAGGACAUGUCGGGAAGCGAACGCACGGAAGAAGACGUGAACCCAGAGGGCGCGCCCAUGCUUGGUCUCAGCUUCACCAGAUCACGGCUGUUCAUUGAUUGCGCGUCGUCCCAGUACGACGAGGCCGAGUACACCUGCGUCGCCCAGAACCCCUACCACCGCAUGAGCAAGGGCACUAAGGUCAAGGUCACCAAGGUCGGCUCGGCUCGCUCCGGCCCCAUGUGCCUCGUCAAGAAGUCCUUCGUGGCCCCCGGUGUUCCUGCCCGCAUCACCAUGUGGACGCACACCCGCCUAGAGCUGAUGGGCAGUACUGUGCAGCUAUUCUGCCGACCUAUUGGCACGCCAAAGCCCAACGUCUCCUGGUUCGGCCCCGACGACACUGAGCUGCAGAACAGCGACAAAUACAAGGUGCUGGAAAACGGUGAUCUCGAGAUCCGAAAUAUUGCCUGGAAUGACAUGGGAGGCUACACGUGCACUGCCGAGAACUCGCACGGAGUGGACCGAACGUCAACCUUCCUCUACCCGACACUGCCCGACAAGGUGUAGGACCGUGGUGACUGCGCAGUCUUCGCUGCUUCCCGCAUUGUGAUGCGAGCUCGUUCUCCAACGUGGCUGGAUUGUUGUACAUAUCGUCGCCGAACAUUCCAGUGGUGUCCGGGCCCACCCCGCCAAGGCUUGCUGCCCGUCCGAGGCCCCUCCGACCCACAUCCCACUAUUUAUUGUCGACCCCACCCACGACACCUCGUUUCAUCAGCCCGCCCGCCUCGCUUCGCGUCUGCAUCGUAGUGUAGACCCUUUCCGAAAUCGUGCACCGACAGGCACCCAGUGCCGUCAGUGCAACGAAAUCCUCUGUCGCGUUAGCUCGACUUAGGUUGUGACCCAAGUGGCCUCUCGGUCCCACCUCGUUCAAACCAGCAAAGUGAAAUUGUCCUCCUCCCUCACCGACAAAAAGAAAAAAAAGAAGAAAGGAACCCUCACAAAUCCCUGCGCUCGAAUCGGUCUUUCAUGCUGUAGCGUAGCGAGGGAGCGCUCGGAUUAUGGGGGGUCUUAGAAGCUGUCAGGACUGAGGGGCCGAAGCUAAGCUUUAAUUAUUCGCGUUUUAUUUAAGAUGCGUUCAUUUUACCCGCGAUUACUUAGUGGUGCGUGUCACAAAGAGAAUGAACACUUGUCAUGUUUCAUUUUUGUUUGUUCGUUUGUUUGUUGGCUAGGUUUAAUAGGGUCCCGGAAUGGUUCCGCGAAAAACUGGGAACGGUGGUGGCAGCUGACAUGACGAACGCCAAGCUUAACGCGCCGGGCAGAAGUGUGUGAAAAAAAAAAAGAAAGAAGGAACUUACAGUGGGCGGCCAUAGGCGCAACCUCCAUACGAUGCCGUCGUUAGUCUUGCCUGGUUCUUGUCGCUGCCACCACCACCUGACAUCACGUGACCGUUUCGGAGCUGUUUUAAGGGCAGCAGUGGACGCCAUGUUAUUUUUCACCUUCAAGCAGUAAACUGCAACUACAGCUCCCUAGCGCUGAGUUGAGGGUGUUUUGUCCGAUAUGCUAAGUCAUCUCAUGCACCACACCACCUGCGUUACAGUAUUACGUGCGGUUUUAGUUUGUUGUGUUUUUUACUUGCGCGCGCAAGCCUCGGCCGCGUUCCGUGGGCCCCUCCUCCCAUACGUCUCCCCCAUUUCCAAAGCGGAUGCGCCUCUGGUCUGGUGUGUGAUAUGUCGCGUGUGAAGAAAAGAAAUGCGAUGUGUGCGGAAUUACAUUACGACGGCUUGAACGGAUGUUUCAGAGGUUGCUAUUAGAGAGCUUGUCGAUUUUAUUUUUGUUUCGCGACAACUCUUACACAGGGUCAUUGCAGUUGUUAUACCUCUUCACGAUACGUGUAGCGCGCUCUUACCGUCGCUCUUGUGUGACCGAUGUCUUUCAAGUUGCAGUUUUAUCGGCUCUAUACAUGUAUACACCAGCCCGGCGGCUGACUGUGAAAUUUCGGAAAGAGUCUAGUUUGGGCUUGAUUCGAAGAAGCUGGUGUACAUACGUAUAGAUGUAUAUCAAGAGAGCAUCAAUGUUGUUUCGUCCAGUUGCGUUUAUUAAAAGUUUGUAUCUCGUACGUGUGCACUC